AUGGCACCUGUCUGCCUGGCAGCUCGUCCAGUGACCUUCCGUGGCACGCCGCAGCUUCUAGCCGGCGGUCUUGUGCCUGCCUGGUGCGGGCGGCUUGGUCCCAUGGUUGGCUGGAGAUACUUGGGACCGCAGUAUCUUGUGGUACCCAAGCAGGUGUCGAAUGGGAGCUCCCAGCCCUGGGUCUUCAGCACAGGAUCGACUCUCGAGGGGCAGCAAAUGGUACGAUGGCACAUUGACCCCGUUAGGAACGGGCUCACUGGCUCCCUCGCCUCGAACCCAUGGUCCACUCGACGCCGGAAAUCCAACUUGAACAUGUUAGCAGCGACGAUCUUGGGAUGCUAG